AUGCCCACGCCCGGCGUGCUCGUCAUGCCUGCGCUCGGCCCUCGCCCUCGCCCUCGCCCUCGCCCGUCCGCCACAUGGGCCCUCGUGGCCAUCGCUUCUUCUCGCGGCCACCUCCCACACGUGUGGGCCGGCGACCCUCCCGCCGUUAUUGAAGGGCAUGUGGGUGCUCGAGGGCCGGGAGAUCGCACGAGGGCCGAGGGCAUCGCGGCGGCGAGGGCGAGCACGCUCGAGUAUAUAUCGCGCUGGGGCGCGCACCAGCGCGCCCGGCCUGGGUGCGCGCUCGCCCGCCCCACAUCGACAAUGCCUCCAGCACCUACCCCAGCAGCACCCAGCUCCAGCGCGACCCCGGAGUGGGACCUGGAGCGAAACGGCCGGGUCCGCCAGCAGCGCAGAGCGCUGCUGGCCCUGCAACUGGUGUUCUGUGUGGUGGUGCCCGCGGUCGUGGUAGCGUGGUGCGGUGGGUGGUGGCCCGGCGCCCAUGGCAGCAGCCCGACGGUGGGCCGGGACGGCCCACCGUCGCAGCCCGCGUGGCGCCUCGACACGGCCCGCAACUACAGCAUCGACACCGCGUACUGGCACGCGCAGCGCGGCGGCCAGGAGCGCCACUACUACUUCAACAUCUCGACGCUCGCGGAGGUGGCGCCCGACGGCGUCGUGCGCAACCUGACGGUGGUCAACGGCCAGUACCCGGGCCCGCUGAUCCAGGCGGCCGCGGGCGACACGCUGGUGAUCCACGUCGAGACCGGCGACGUGGCCACCGCGCUGCACUGCCACGGCCUGUUUUUCAACCGCAACAACAGCUUUCUCGACGGGGCCUCGGGCAUCAACCAGUGCGCGGUGCCCGCGGCCAGCUCGUUCGAGUACGCGAUCCAGCUCGACGAGGCGCAGAGCGGCACCUACUGGUACCACUCGCACUACGGCUCGCAGCAGGCGGACGGGGUGUUUGGCCCGCUGGUGGUGCACUCGGCGCGCGAGCGCGCGCUGGUGGGCGACCGGUACGACGCGGACCUGGUGGUGAUGGUCAACGACUACUACCACGACGCCGCGCACCGCUACCUGGCCGAGUACCUGGCGCCCGACAACGAGAACUCCGAGCCCACGCCCGACGGCGGGCUGGUGCAGGGCGCCAACGCGUUCGAGUACGACUCGGCGUCCUACGUGGUGCCCAACGGCCACGCCAACGCGACGUUCGUCGGCGGCGCGCUCGCCGCGCUCGAGCUCGACCCGGCGCAGCGCUACCGCGUGCGCGUCGUCAACGCCGGCUUCUUCGCGCCCUUCAACUUCGCGGUCGACGGCCACCGGCUCACGGUGGUCGAGGCCGACGGCACCGUGACGGAGCCUCUGACCGUGGAGUCCAUCGACGUGUCGGUGUCGCAGCGGUACUCGUUCGUGCUGGAGCGCGCGGACGCGCAGGCGUCCGAAUACUGGAUGCGCGUGCGCUUCAACCGCUUCUGCUUCGCGGAGGCCAACCCGAACUUCGACACCGACGUCGCGGCCAUUGUGCGCUACGACCCGCGCUCCCAGCGCCUGCCCACGUCCCGCAGCUGGGACUACAACGGCGGCGACGUGCGGUGCCGGGACUUCGACCAGACCCGGCUCAGGACGCUCGGCGCGCAGGUGCCGCUGGUGCAGAACGGCUCCACGUUGCCCGACGUGCUCAUCGAGCUGGACGUGUCGUUUCUCAUCAAGGGCUACCAGCUGGACCGCGGCUACUUCAACGACGUGACCUACACGCCGAUCCCGGGCUCCUCUACCAUGUACGAGCUUCUCCGGUCGCCCCACGGCAACAGCAUCAAGACGCUGGACGACACCCGGCUCGAGACCACCAACGCGGGCCAGUAUCUGAUCAACCUCGACCAACGCGGCGCCGUCGUGGACCUGGUGGUUAACAACUACGACGACGGCGCGCACCCGUUCCACCUCCACGGCCACAAGUUCUGGGUCCUGGCAAGUGCGGACCGGGGCUAUUUCCACAAGUCCUACUACGAAAACGGCGAGGGCAAGAUGGACUUCUCCAACCCGAUAGCCCGCGACGUGCUGGGCGUCUCUGGGUAUGGGUACGCGGUCAUCAGGUUUGUGGUGGACAGCCCUGGAAUCUGGCCCUUCCACUGCCACAUAGGAUGGCAUAUGGAGAGCGGGCUCUUGCUACAAAUUAACGAACUACAGUCCGAGUAUUCCGCAUGGACCAAUGUUCCCUCCGCUUGGGAACAGCUGUGCGAGGCCGCCGCCACUACAAGCGGGUCAUAA